UGUAAAUACGGCACAACUAUAAGAACGGCACCACAUUCCCAAACAAGAGGAGAGCGCAAACUGACCCUAGCAUUCUAGUCCAUCAGUCGAAGACCUGUGCAUAUACCACACAAUGGUUACGCCCCGACUCCUCCUCCGCCGCUGCACCCCCGCAGUGCGCUUCACCCUCCCCCGCACCGCUACCACCAACUCCUUGUUGACUCCAGCAACUACAAUCCGACUGUCCUCGUCCUCUUCCUCUGCCCCAGCUAAGACUCCCAGCGCACAAUCCCUCAUCUCUCUUGCCCAGAACCGCCGCACGAUCUACCAACUGGGCCGCAACCACUCCGUCCCCGACGCCCAGAUCGAGGAGCUCGUGCAGCAAGCCAUCCUGCACGUCCCGAGUGCCUUCAACACGCAAUCCACCCGCCUGGUCGUCGUCCUGCACAAGGAGCACGAGCGGCUGUGGGACCUCGUGAUCGGCGUCUUCCAGAACCUGGUCAAGACGGGCGCGGUGCCCGAGCAGGUGUGGAAGAAUCAAACCUUGCCCAAGCUGGAGGGGUUCAAAGCUGCGGUUGGGACGGUCCUCUUCUACGAAGAUCCGGCGCACAUCAAGCCAUUUUCCGAGAAGUUUGCGCUCUACAAAGACCAGUUUGAACCAUGGGCCCAACAUUCGAAUGCUAUGCAUCAGUAUUUCUUGUGGACUGGUCUAGAGGCUCUGGGGUUCGGCGCCAACCUGCAGCACUAUAAUCCCCUGAUCGAUGCCCCGGUGGCGGAGGCGUGGAAUGUGCCUAAGGAGUGGAAGCUGAGUGCACAGUUGGUAUUUGGCAGCCCCGAGGGAGCGCCGGAGCCGAAAGAGCAGACGCCUGUCGACGAGAGGGUUAAGAUCUAUGGAAAAUUGUAGAUGGUCGGGGAUAUCAUGGCGGCGUACAACCGGAAAGGGGAACAUACUGUACGGUAGGACUUGGUUCCCGUGAUAGAGUAGAUAGAUGUAGAGUAUAG